AUGGCUCAAACGGGUUUCCUCGUACCGGAAUGGUACGUGGUAGAAGCGCCCAGUGAGCAGGACAUGAACGUUGCUAGUAUCAUUUGGGGUUUCUCAUUGGCUUGCGCCUGUUUCACCUUCGUUAAAGCAACUCGGCAAACAUGGUACUCUUGGAAGAGGACCCAGGCUAUCAAUACAUAUGUCGUCAUGAUAUGGGCCGAGUGGGUGGCGUGCGUCGUGAUUUCCGUCAUUAGUUGGCUGUUCCUCAAGGGAGUUAUACCCAUCAGCUUUUGGUUCGUCUUUUUUCUGCUUUGCCUAUGGGUCAUUCAGAUUCAAUGCAUUAUGCAGAUUAUUAUCAACCGAAUUGCACUCCUCAUGGUCCGACAACAAAAGGCGAGAACCUUGAAAUGGUCUGUCUUUGCCUUGAUAGGGCUUAUAAACAUCAGCGUCUUCUGUAUCUGGAUCCCGGCCCGACUUCAAAUCAGCCAAACCUACGUCGACGUCAACAAUGUAUGGGACCGAUGCGAAAAGGCCAUCAUUGCCGUUGUUGACAUGGGUCUCAACUUUUACUUUAUCCAUCUCAUUCGCGCCAAGCUCAUCGCCAACGGUCUCACCAAGUACAAUGCACUGUUUCGCUACAAUCUCGGUAUGAUUGCCAUUUCAUUGGCACUUGAUAUCAUCCUGAUUGGCGUCAUGUCACUCCCAAACAGCGCUGUAUACAUUCAAUUCCAUCCACUCAUUUACCUCGUCAAGCUCCACAUUGAGAUGAACAUUGCCGACAUGAUUGCACGCGUGGUGCGUGCCUCGAACCCCCACCAGACCGGAUCCUACGACAAGUCCAACUCCAACAACCGAUACGGAGGAACGACGCACAAGAUGACCACGGUUGUCACCACCAGAACCGGCAACGGCAACAGGAAGCUCAAUGCCAAUGGAACUCAUGUGGGCUUUGACGUGGACAGCGAGCGAGAUAUCCCUACCGAUGGCAUCAAGCGUACUAUUGAGACCCAAGUAGUGCGUGAGCCACAUGUAGUAGAUGAUGAUAACCAGAGCGAGUCAAGCUCCACGCGUGAGUUGCAGAAGCACUUUGCUAUCGUCUAA